AUGGCCAUUGGUAGCCGACAUGGCCAUGGCCUGGUGACAGCACAGGCCAUCCAGAUCAGCACUGCCCUAGUGGCAGCAUGGUUCCAGGUGACUAACCAGACCUCAAGCAACUGUGUAGCCCUCGGUGACCAUAGGAGCCAUAGACACCAGCCAAGAUCCCAGCCUUCACUGGGUCAUGAGGUAGACAUUGCCCUAGGCAGUGGCCUGUACCUGAAUGUCUCCAUGGCUCCAAAUGGCAGAACCCACCGCCCUGAUCAACAUGGACUCAUGCGUGGCAUGGUCCUUGAAGACCAACACAGUCAAAGGACCGGGAAGUGGACUGCUGAGGGAAAGUCAGCGGCGCAGAGGACCCAUUCGCUGUCGUUCCUCAACCGUGGAGAGUCACGUGUGCAGACCUGGGUGUCGCGGGGACGCGAAAACUCCGCGGAGUCGCAGUCGCCGCGGGACGGCCUGGGAAAGUCAGCAGCGCAGUGGCGGAAACCGCAGCCCGGCGCCCGGGAGUCUCCCAUGUCAGAGGAGCUGCGGGGCUGGGACCCAGCAGGGAAGGGACCAGGGGUGCGAGCAGUUUCCCUGCUGUUCAUAAGGAAGCUGGUUCUGAAGUUGUCCUGUAAAUUUCUUCCCUUGUCGGUAAAUUUUAGGGCUUGCUGAUCACCCAGACCUGCUCACCUCUGCAGCAGAACAAGGAGACCUGGAAGGAGAGAGGAGACCGUAGCUAAGGAUCCAGGUAUGGUGGAGGCAUUGGUGAAAGAGUGGUAAGGGGUUCAUGUGGAAAUGGGACAUGAGAUCAGUUUUGUCACAUUUUCUUUCACUAGAAAGAAUUUGGGAGACUUGCACUGAGAAAAAUCUCCUCACAAUUAUCCUAUUAUAGGUUUGAGAAGAGGUUCUGAGGAAGAAUUGACACUAGGAGGCAAAUGAAAUUGUAUUUCGCUAUACAUUGAGUGUUGCUGUCAUUCCCUUCAUAGCAUGUCAUCAUAUUAAUUGGUUUUCAUGUAUGACUUUAAUAAAUUAUAAA